AUGCGUUUCUCACUUCUUUUCUCUUUGGCCCUGGCCCCCUUGGCUCUAACUGCCCCUGAGCCUAACCCUGUCGCUGCUCCAGCCCCGGUCGCUAGUGCUGGUCUAUUGGAAGAUCUACCCGAACUCCUGAAUGGUGUUCAAGGUCUCUUGAGCACUGAAAACAUCGACAAGCUGGAUACGAUCCUCGAUGGUGCAGCCAAGUUGCUCGCCCCCGAUAAUAUUGAUAUCCUACAGGAUAUCUUGAAGAACGCUCAUAGCUUGUUGACCAAGAGCUUUGUCGAUAACACAACUACCCUCAUUGGGGAUGCCACACCGCUGGUUGAGGAUAUUUCCAAGCUUCUGGGUGGUGUUUUAGGAUCAUUGUGA